AGAUUAGCAGAUAGCACUCAUGAACUCGGCAAGAACAUAACACUAGUUGUUCCCCAAAAUUAACCAUCAAAAGUAACAAUAUCCAUUAAACCCAGGCAUUGGUUAUGUUACAAAUUAUUAUGAACUGUCUGCUAACUCAAUGGGUACUGAAUGUGUUUGUCAACUCCAAUAAACUUCAGACAUGGGCUAUCAUGUUAGAUUACAAUAAAGAGUAACCCUAUUGUGACAAUGCUUUGUUCUAACAUUUCAGCUGACUGCUUGUGUUUUUAUUUUAAUAAAUCUCAUAUUUUAUAAAGUUGCAUCGUGAGUUCCUAACUUUUAUACUCAAUGCCCCAAAUGAUGAAGGCAAAUAUACUAUGUGGCUUAUUUAUCUACUUGUGCUACUACUUUCCGAGAACAAAAGACGUUGAUCCUAAAAAUUCAUAAGGAAUUGUUAGCAGAUGUGAAAGCUCAGUAAGCUAGUGGCCAGUCAGAAUUGCAGAAUGAGAGAACAUCCUAAAGAGUUUUUAAAAUGUCUCAAUAUUGUUGAUCUUUGGCAUUAAAAGGUAUUUGGUUCUUCAGUUUGAUUACGAGAAUUUCCAAGGUAAGAAACUGGACCUAUGCUUCAAUGAUAUCUAGAUAUCAUUAAUAAAAAUGUUUAAAAUUAAUUCAGUUAACUCCCAAAUGAGGGAAUGCCAGAAGCUUAAAUGCUACCCAGCAAUGGUGUGUAAGAUACAGAAUUUAUUCAUAGCGUUCAGGCCAAAUCAAUAACUUCAGGAUUAAAUCAUUGGGGGUUUUUUUUUUUUUACUCUUUAUCAACAACGCAACUUACUUUGUUCUGGGGCCUGAAGAGCAUACUUAAAAGUAAUCUAAUGUUGAACAAAAGCACACAAUGACAGUUUGAAAAAAAAUUUAAUGUGUAGAACAUGUGCCACACAUCACAAACAUUGCUCUUUUACUAUUCAGGCUGAAGAAGGGUGCCGACUCUAAACGUCACCUGGUCCAUUGUCCUCCAGAGAUGCUGCCCGACUCGCUGAGUUACUCCAGCACUGUCCUUUUUACCGAGCCUGUUUGAGAUGUUUCUGGUGCAGAAUUGUUGAUGGCUCCUUUCCAAAUUUUUCAUGUUGAAGGCUCUUUGUCUUUGAAACUAGAGGCAUUGCUUCGACAACCUGAAUUGCCCCUAUGAAAGGAAGGGUGAAGAGAGAAAGAAGAGCAGAUACCCGAAACAUCACCUAUUCCUUCGCUCCAUAGAUGUGUUAAUCCUGGCCAAAUUGGAGCAGCCAGGACAUUAAAAUUGAGUAAAGGCUUCUGUGCUGCUAGGCCAUUUUGGUCAAGUUAAAUGUGCCUUUUUCAAAACUGGGACAAGCUGCUCAAUGGUGCCAGUUUGUGUGUGGCCAAGAUAGGAGCUGCAGGGAAAGAAUGAGACAUCUGCAGGUUCUUACAAUAAGGUGUAAAUUGCAUGUAACUGAUUGGUUCAAUGCAAACCAGAUAUACAUAGUGUAAAUAAUGUUGCAAAACCUUAUUUGGACGGUUGUUGAUUGGUUUAGAUGUUGAGCUUUGGCUGGGUUGUCUGAAUCCCAAAGCACAUGUUGCAUAAUUCAUCUCUGUUAACUUCCAUCUAGAAGCUUCACCAGAUACACUGUAUUAGUUACUGUGUUAUUGGGUUAGGGAACUGUCUAUCAUGUACUGUGUUAAUCAAUAUGUGUUAUUGGACUGUAUAGAGACCACCCCCAUGUGGUUCGGCCCUUCAAUGUUCGGGGACCUAUAAAAUGUAGCUCCCACGAGGUCCGAUGUCGAUCUUCUGGAGAAUGCUUGGGACUGCGUGACCCUUUGGAGUGUCUCUGCUCGCACUAGGCUAUAAGGGCUUGGCCAAGCUGAUACAAGGAUCGAACCCGCGGUGGUUAUGUAUAGGGGAACUGUUGUUGUGUUAUCCAAAAUAAAGUUUAUUCAUUCAAGUUCUUGAUUCAGUAUUUUAUUGACUGUACUUUCAGUCACUAAAAUACUGAAUCAAGCACUUGACUGGGGGAGCUUAGAACAAGCUAUUUACAGAUGCUGCCUCACCCGCUGAGUUUCUCCAGCAUUUUUGUCUACCUUCCAAUUUUCCAGCAUCUGCAGUUCUCUCUUAAACAAAGGUGGAAAGUGCUCAGAUUAUAUGGUUCACUGUUGAUGCUGGAAAUCUGGAACAUAACCAAAAUACGGUUAUGCUGGAAACACUCAGCAUGUAGUCAGUAUCUAUUGGAAAAAAUACAGAUUUAAUGUUUCAACGAAAUAAAUCCCUGUCCUGAAACAUUAACUCUGUUUCUCUUUCCAGAGAUGCUCCUGACCUGCUGAGUGUUUCUGGUACUUUUGGCAUUUGUGUUUCAGAAUAGGUAGCAGUAUUUUAUUUUUUUUAAUGAGACACGAGUCAAGAAUGUUUUAUUAUCAUAUGUUCCGAAAACAGAACAAUGAAAUUCUUACUUGCUGCAGCACCAGAGAUAUGUAAACAUAGUACUCUGGAAAACCAGUAAUAAACCACAAAGAAAUUUCAGUAUCUACAUAAACAUAAACGGGCAAACAAAUAAACAAUAAUACCGCAACAUCAAAUAAUGCCCCCAAAGGUCUAUAUAGUUUGGAGCCUAUUUGGAGGUUGUAGUAUUUAAUAGCCUACAGGUUCUAGGAUGAGAAGAAACUGGAAAUAGUAAUAAAAAGGAACUGGAAAUAGUAAUAAAAAGGGAGUCUUUGAUUGAGGGGGUGAGACUGGAGUUGAUAAGGGGAGUAGAAAAGGUCCGAAGAAGAGUCCUAUCCAAAAGGUCUAUCCAUCCACCUAUCCAUUUUUUUCCAGAGAUGCUGCCUGGCCCGCUGAAUAUGCAUGUCUUGGAGGUGGGAAGGCCUAGAAUACUUAGAUUAGGUGGAAGAUUUAAUGGAAGGAUCUAUAACCAUUGGAGUUUUGGAAGAAUGAGAAGGCAGAGUUAGUUUGAAUUGAGGUGGAUUGUUUCUGAAACAGUGCAUUGCCUCAAACUAGGGACCAUGUUUAUCUGAAGAAGGGUUUCGGCCCGAAACGUUGCCUAUUUCCUUCGCUCCAUAGAUGCUGCUGCACCCGUUGAGUUUCUCCAGCUUUUUUGUGUACCUUCGAUUUUCCAGCAUCUGCAGUUCCUUCUUAAAGACCAUGAUUAUCAUAUUGGACUUAGAUAAAAACAAUUUCUCGAAUCUACAUUAUGGUGUGGGUCUCCUCCAGAUGCUCUGGUUUCCUCUCACAUCCCAAAGACAAUCCAGUAGUUUAUUGGCACGUAAAUUAUCCCUUAGUGUAGGUUAUUGGAUCAGAGAUCAAUACGUAUUAGAGAUAUGGAGAUGGCAAUAAGCAGAGGGCGGGGGAGGGGUGGGUUGAACGCAACUGCUGUCCAUGGGCUAGCACGAACCCUGUAUGUUGAAUGGUCACCUCUACUAUUAUGUUAAGAUAUACAUGCCUGAUAUCGAGCGAUUUUUGGACAAAAGGAAUCAAGAGAUAUGGAAGAUAGGCACAAAAAGCUGGAGCAAAUCUGCAGGACAGGCAGCAACUCUGGAGAGAAGGAAUGGGUGAAAUUUUGGGUUAAGAGCCUUCAUCAGUCUCGACCCGAAAUGUCAUCCAUUCCUUCUCUCCAGCGAUAUUGUCUGUCCCGCUGAGUUACUAUAACAUUCUGUGUCUAUCUUCAGUGUAAUCCAGCAUCUGCAGUUCCUUCCUGCACAAGAGAUAUGAAGUUGGAAUGCAAAGUGGACAAAUUAGAUCACCAGCCUUGAUGUAUUGAAAGAGACUGCAACGUCCAGGUUCAGAAAUAGCUACUUCCCCACAGCCAUCAGGCUAUUAAACUCAACUGAAACAAAUCUCUGAACAUUAAUAGACCAUUAUCUGUUUAUUUGCACUUUAUCUGCUUAUUUAUCGAUGUGUGUAUAUAUUUAUAUAAUGGUAUAUGGAUUCACUGAUAUCUGUAUUCAUGCCUACUAUAUUCUGUUAUGCUGAAGCAAAGCAAGAAUUUCAUUGUCCUAUCUGGGACACAUGACAAUAAACUCUCUUGACACUUGACUUGAGCAGACUUCAGAGGAUUUUUGCUUCUCAAUGUAAGAAGAUGGGCAUGUAGGUGUUACAACAAAAUGUUUUCAUUCAGAGUAAUGCAAAACUUCAGAAUGCUCUACCACAAUAUUCUUGAGUGAGAUCAGUUGAGUUUGAGGCAAUCGAAAUAUUGAAGUGCAAAUUCAGCCAUGGUGAAUCAAGCCUCACAGGCCAUGUGUCCUAUUAAUUAAAAGAGAUCUACAAAGAAGCAUUUUUGUCGCCUCACCCGCUGAGUUUCUCCAGCAUUUUUGUCUACCUUCGAUUUUUCCAGCAUCUGCAGUUCUUUCUUAAAUAUAAAAAAGGUUGUGUUAUUUCUCCAAUUGCUAACAUAUUAUGAAUAAUUUCACCAUUUCCUUUACUUGGGUCUCUGUGAAAGAUAAGGUUUUGCUUUGACGAAUGAAUCAUUAAGAACAGACAGGAAACGUGAUAAUCCUAUAUAGACAGAUGAACGCAGUGCAGAUCUCUAGAGUAUUCUGAAACAAAACACAUCCAACAUUUGCACUCGACUCCAACCGACCAGUUCCGUUUUGAUACCACAGAUGUUGGUUUGAAGGAGGGCGGUUCCAAUCCUGUUUGUCCCACCUCAACACCACUCCCAUUGGUAAGCUUGUCUGCCACAGCCCCAGUCGGCAAUUGCCCAGCCGUCAAUCUCGGUGUAAACCCAGGAACCGGGUGUCAAUCAGCAUUGCAGAUACGCCGAAGAUUCAGCAGUACUGCAGAGCAGCCUCAGACCAUCUAUAAAUCCCUCAGCAAAAGUUUAGCCAACAGUUAGAGUCUAACUUGAAAGCACCAGAGUUACAGAGAUGUCAGAUCCAACUUACUGGCUGCAAAGCACCAAGAAACUAUGUCAGGUGGUGAUUGAAAACCGUGAGCAACGAAUUCCAGUACCCGUCAAGGAAGAGGUGACAACCACUUACCCUGAACUUCACGACCUGAUGGAAUCUAUCCACACGCAUCACCUAAAAGAAGAUGAUGUAAUUUUGAUCAAAGGCUUACAGCAGCAUUCUGAGACCGCGGCAGAUGAGUUACAGAGUUCAUCGGAAGGAGUGAUGUGUCUCUCACCCUCUACCCACGCCAGCGGCAGCUCUAUGUUCACCAGCCUCAGGAAAUAUACCAUGGGAUUCCAGCACGCAAUCCAUGCCAUCUCCAAAAAUGUUGCCGACAUCAGCAUUCAGAGUACCCCUAAACCUGAAUGCAUUCCCACCGCUGGUGUUUCUCCUCCUGAUAUCUUAUAUACUCAAGAAAUAAACCUGCCCCCUCCAGAAGAUGAACCUUGUCUUCAUGAUGUUCCAGAUCUUGCUGUUGAUGUUCCACCCCGUCUCACGUCAGAGCUGCAGUACCAUCAGCAUUCACUUCAAAGUAUCUCUGGAUCUGUACAGCCUGCAACAGAUUAUCCUCCAGAGGGCAUUCAUUCAUCAUGUGAUGCAACAGACAUGGAUGUAGAAACAUCUCACAAUCUUCUUCCCCCCACUGGAUCACAAUUCCUGGAGAAGUUAUCCACUUUUGCUGGGUGGUUGUCGAAUGAGAUACUCAGUGCAGAGAACAAGGAUAGUGUACAUCAGGGAAGUGAUCCUACUUUUUUACAUCUGAAGCAGCCGGAGAUCGGGACCUCCAGUGAAGGCCAAUCUUCUUCAGAGAUGUUUUCUCAUGAUAUUAUCCCAGACUCCCAUCUGAAUCAAACUUUUGCAAAUGCUGAAGAGUCUCUUAUGUCAUCACAAGAUGAGUUAAUGGCAAGCAAAUCAACAGAAUGGGAAAGGAACCAUGAAGUAUCAGAAUGUGGGAGUGAAAAUGUCUCUGUGCGUGACAUAGCCAAUAUGGCAAGCAGAGAGGCUUCCAAUAUAAUUCAGAUGUCCUUUCAAGAGAUUGGGUAUGGAAGGGAAACGCCUCUUGUUGACUAUGUAUCAAAUACAACAAACACCAGCUCUUCAGGGAAACCAUUUGCUAUAAUGCAUCCUGUAAUAGAGAAUUUUGCACUGGGACUGACCCAGGACAUAAUUUCUGACAGCACCAAGAGAGUAAGCUCAGAAUGGAAGGUGAUAAGUCGCUACGGAGAGGCACUUGAAGGGGAAAGCAAGAAUUCACACCUUGCUCACUUGGAACAAGAUACACCUCUUGACCUCUCGGAGAUGCAGUGGUCACCAUCUCACAUUGGUACACAUGAACAUAAUCAUCUUGCAAGAACCGCACCAAGGUCAUUGUGUGCAGAGUUAUUAGCCAGUGAACAGGUUGAAGGUUUAACUAAAGGAACACAAUGGUCUUUUGUUGAAACGUUUUCAGAAAGAGAGAGGCAUUUAUCAGCAUCGCACAAAGAGCAAGCUGAUGAUCAGGACGAUGAGAAUCUAGUGUAUGAUAAAUUUGGGCUGACCAAGGGGGGGUCCUUGGACUACCCAAAUGCACCACCACCAACACCACUGAAACCACAGCUUGCGGGCAGUCAGAGGAGUUUUACUAGAAAGCUCAAGGGAGGACUGGCCAAAGAAUUCCUCCCUUCACCCCCUCCACCGACCCCAAAGGAAACCAUCAAUUUUUGCCUGUCUAGUGAAGGGAGUGAGGAAAAGGCGGAAUUUAUGAGAAAGUUGCUACGAUCCCUGUCACAAGAGUUUAGAGCAGGGGCUUCUGAGGUGCCAGAAGAUGAGAAGCUACAAAAUGUGCCACAGGAAUGUCCAUCCUCUGCAGGUGAAGUAAUAGAAGGUUUGCGCACAGAUGAGAAAAAAGUUCAAGACUAUUUCAGUGAUUUGGUGUCGAAUAUUGUCUUUUCAGCUGCACAGGUUAUUUGUGGUAUUACAAGAGAACCAAUUGAACCUAAAGGACAUAAUGAGCAGAGAUGUCACGAUGUUGCGUUUAGCAGUGAUUGCCAGAUGAACAGUCAGAACUGGGAAAAGCCAAACCCACAUCCUUCUGAUGGAGUCCUUUUGGAAACGGAAAAGAUUCCAAGCGGAAACAAUGGGCAUAAACACAGAGCCAGUUUUCCUCUCCUAACAGAAAGCAAAUUCUGUGAAUAUACCGACAGACUAACACAGGAAAUCAUCAGUUCUGUCUUCAGUUUUCUGAAUCAAAUUGAAUCGCUUGAAUAUGGAGAACAUGAAGGGGAGAGAAAAGGAAAUGGACACAAAGAUUGUAGGCAUUCAUGUUACAUCAGGCAGUUAAAUUCCAUGUCUGAAGACUUGGGAAAAAGAGUGGUGCAGUCUGCUCUCCAAGUGUAUAAAACCCAGUAUCAGUUGCAGCCAGCCAGCACUAUGAAUCUAUUGCAGGAUAAAGUACAUCCUGUGCCUGCAACAGAACUACUUCAGAACACGGAUACUGCAACCAGCAAUGUUGAAGAGAUUUUUCUCACUGGUGACAAUGAAGAGCAGCAGUUUAUCAGACCAUCAUUAGAAACAAUGAAACCUGUGGCACGCAGCCAAGCUGUGGAUCUGGACAUUGAUCCUGAGUGUAAACAAAUGGCAAAAACUCAAGGGUCUAGAAAUGGCAUCAGAAACAUUGCAAGCCCCCAUGAAGAAACAUAUGAUAAAGGUGGCAACUACGCAAGUUUUUUCAGUCCAUGCCCGUACAAGCAGCCAGUUGUAAAGGGGAAGGCUGAGGAACUCGCUGGAGGGAAUAUAAGUAAUUUUGUUCAUGCAGGAACAAAAAUGGGCUUGCAUGAGCAAACAAAGGAAGGGUCACGUCAACAUAAAGACCUGGAUGCAUUUCCAGACCUUGACUCCGAGCCCAUUAUUAAUGAUGAAAAAAAAUCUUCCAUCUUGAAAUUGUCUGAGGUGAUAAUGAAGGAUCCAGACUGCAAAAAGUUACACAAAACAUAUGCUGAAAGUUUAGCAGAGACUAUACUGAAUUCAUCCUUGACUGAGGUUUAUAGGCAAUGCAGUUCUGGAGAAGAGGUACUGCCACAUUUCCUAAAAACUGAAGAAUCGCAUAGAAACGCUCUUUCAGUUUCCAGCAGCUCAGGAGAAGAUAGCCUUGAGGUCCAACAGAAAAUACAGACAGAACAAUCAUGCAAGGGCAAGGAAGAACUUCCCUUCAUUCUGAACACUAAAUUUCAAGGACUCAACAUAAUUGAAUAUCCAGGUUACUCAUCAACGGAACAGCCACAAGAGAAUGCAAAUGAGUCCAUCGUUGCUUUAAAGCAGUGCAGUAAAGAACUAGAAAGCUUUGAAGAAAUGGAAUACUGCAACCUCUUGGCUCCAAAGACAAUUGAACUUUUUUUGGUGAACUUUAACUCAGCAUCCACCACUGUUGAUGCCCAGAUACAAGCAAUGCUGCAAUGGGCAAGUGCUUCUCAGCUCAACGUCUCCAAGAUUCAUAUAAAUAAUUCAAGUGAGGACUUUGCACAGUUCCCCACUCUGUUUACUCUAGCUGAAGAACGAGGAAUGGACAGUGGGAGACCUCCUCUGUGCUGUGCUAACUUUCUAUGAAAGUAACCAGGCAACAGCCGGCCCGACACUCUUUGAUCACCUCCUUGAUCCAUUGCAUUGUAUCCAGGCUGACUGGCCCGAUAGUUAAAGCUUGGUUGUUAGUGAGAAAAUGAUGCACAUGUGCCUUUGGCGGUGUUUCUUCUAAAGUAGGAUACAGUGAGUUUUCAACACUCAUGUGGCCGAAUUUGAAGUCAGAAGGCAUAAAGUGGAAAUAAUCUAUGUCUUUCAUUCCUUCCCAAUCUUCUGAUCAACAUGUUAUACUGAAAGAUAGUGUAAUAUUUUUUAUAACGGUUUAAAUUAUUAUGGUGUAAUCAGUUUAUGGAUGUGAUCAGAUCCAAGACCGACUCUACCAGAUGCUAUUCUGUAGCAAGAGAUGGGGAGGUCUGAGAGCAGAUCAAAUGCCACUGUUCCUUCUCUGAUCAUUUCCUCAGCCCUCAUCAUCCAAUCAACUCCUCACUACCUCUCAAAUCACUUCACUUCACCCCAUCAUCUUUUCCUUCCAUUGCUUCCACUACCAACCCCACACCACUAUCCCACCACACCAUGGCCAGCUCUCGUCUAAACUGUAAACCAUUUUUUCUUGGAUCUUCACUGUACCAUGGAAGGAUGUUGCCGAGUGAAUAAUUUUAUCGACAAUUGCCCAUAUGCUUUUAAAUUCCUAUUGCUGAUAUUUAUGUUUUCUAUAGAAUACAGGACAGGAAGGGACUAUUCCCAUUGCCAUGUCCAUGCCAGCUCCUGCAGGAGCAAACCUCAAGUCCUAUUCCUGUUUUUUCCCCUACAGCCUUACAACUAUUAUCUCUAAAUGCUUAUCCAGUUCCCUUUUAAAGGCACGGACUGAAUCUAGAACUCGUACAGUGGGUUCUAGAUUCUCACCUCUUUCUGAGUGGAAAAUAAAUCCUCAUAUCCUCCUGGUAUCUUCUGCUCAAAAAUGUAAAUCUUUGUCCAAUGGUAUUGGAAACUGUUUACCACGUCCAAGCCACUCAUAUGUGAUAGGGUGCCCGUAUCAAAUCUCGCCUCAAUCUCCUGUGAUCCAAGGAGAACAACCCCAAUUCUUCAUUGUAACCUUUCCAUUACUGAUCUUAUAAUCUUCAUUCUCAAAACCUUUCCAAUAAAUAUUUUCUGCAUCCUCUGGGACCUUCAUAUACUUUCUAGAGUGUGGCAACCAGAAUUGAACACAAUGCUCUAUUUGUGAUCUGAUUUGUAUUUUGUGCAGGUUCAGUGUCACUUCACUGCUUAUGUUCACGAUGCCUUUAUGAAACCAAAGGUCUGAAGAAGGGACCCCACCCAAAACAUCAUCUCUCCAUUUUCUCCAGAGGUGCUGCCUGACCGACUGAGUUAUUCCAGCAUUUUGUGUCUAUCUAGUAUACUCCACUAGCUACUGCCUCCACAUGGAUUUCAAGGAUUCAGAAAUUUGUAUAUCCAAAUUGUUCUUCCUAUGCAUAAUUGAGAAUUUUAAAGUUUUACAUUUUAAAUUAUACAUGUUGCCUAUAUUAUACCCCUAUUAUUUAUGCAACUUCAUCCCUCUCUGAAUUGAUUUUAAUAUGCCACUUGUUUGGCCCUUCACUCAUCCAUUUGUGUUUUCUUCUAGACUUUACUGCCCUGCUCACUAUAUACUGCACUUCCAAGAUUUGAAUCCUUAAGUUUGCAAUAUUUACUCUGCACAUUCAUGUUUCUGUCAUCAACGUCUCGAAAUGAGAGGUGAGAGAAAUGAUCGCUAGAGAACACCACCAAACACAAUGCAUUGGUAGCGUAUCACCUUUAACUCUUGGCAAUCUUGUUGCAGUUGUUAAUUCAUGGAGGGAUGUGGAUAUGUAUAGCUCUUUCAGGAUUAGGCACAAGUGCAAAAUAUAUGUUUUCAUUGGAUCUGGAAGAUUAACCUAUUGACUGUGCUUUGGUAUCUGCCUUGAAGAGAGAGAUCUUGUCCAGGUUAAUGGUAAAUGCAACUUUUGCCUUCAUACCAUUUGAUUUUGGAAACAAAUUAUUCAAUCACUCAACAAAGCUCCCUCCACUGAAUAAGUGCAUGAAGGACAUAAACUGAUCCGAUAAAACCCUGAAUUGAACUGGAAGACUUAACCAUGUUAGUGGGAACAAGGUGUUACAUUCACCCCACUAUUCUUAGGUUAUGCAGGAACAAGCAUUCCUCAUUAUCUAUGACUCUCUCUCAAGAAAUCGUAAGCUCAUGAACCUCAGAUGAAGACCGGUGUCGGGAAGUUUAUUCCUAGUCAGUAUCACCAGUGUGUUAUAUUUUGCCAUUGAAGUCAAUGGAAUAAUAUUCAUAGACAGAGUACCACAUGCCGGUAUUAUUAUAUCACAAUUUUUAGGCACAGAUCUUAAAUGCCUCUCAUACUCUCAUUUACAUCUGUUGUUAAUACUUUUGGAACCGUGCCUUGCUUUAUGUUAACGUUUUAGCAGAGGGGAUAAAAUUGAACAGGAAAAUCCAUUUAUCUGAAGGAGGCAUAGUACUGGGAUCGCUGAAGAGGCAACAUGCUCUGGAUGUUGGUUUCAUCUGCAAAUGGAAGAAUUAAAUGUUUCCACAUUAUUUUGGAAUAGCAACAAAAAUUCUCUGCUCAUGGACUUUUUCAGUGGUGGCCACAUAAGACGUGAUGAAACUUUUAAGGAAUAUUCAUAUAGGCCGUACCCACUUAACUAUAAGAAAACCAGGGAUCUUGGACCAGAAGGUCUAAUGAAAGCUCUAAACUGCAAGACAAUCUGUUCCAUACUACAUUAAAUAUGCUGUGUGGGGGUUCCCCUUUUCAGUCAAAGCUUCCCUACAUUAAAGUUCUGAGCUAUUCAGUGAAGAGCCUGACAAUUGGUGUUUAUUUCAUCUCUGGGUGGGCAGGGAACAAUCAGUUUGGAAUCCUGUCAGAUCGAGCAUAGAAUUGUCCAGCCAGAUUUUAAAAUGUGGCUGGGAACCAGAGGGAGACUGGAUUCUGUACAAUGGUUUUGUUUAUUUUGGAUUUACCUUGGUUUGUUCUGCAAAUGUCCACGACUCAAUAAUAUUUGUUUUAAUUGAAGCUUGCAUGUGCAUUUCUGCUGUAAAGUUAAAGCAGUGGGAGCAUGAACACAAUCCAAUCAUUCCUUCCUUCUGUCUAAAAAAAAUGCACUUUGUCUCAGAGAAAGAAUUGCUCUACCUUGAUGUAGAUUGGAGCGUCUAGUUGCUCAUUUCACGAGAUUGUAAAAUAGAGCUGUAUUUUUGUAAUACUUUUAUCUAUGAAUGCAAAAUAUUUUCCAACAUAAUGUAUUAAAAUUUUGAAAUCGUGCUCUGCAAUGUUUAAAUAAAAAGUAAAUUUAUUUUGUAUAUGGAACUCUAAUUUAUAUUCAAAGGUAGAAAAUGGUCAUUUGAUUUGUCAAUCUGUAUUGGAACCAAACCAGAAAAUGCUGGAGAAAGUCAACAGUGUUUCAGGUUUCCUGCAUUUACAGUUAUUUUUUAAAAUGAUUGUCAAUAUAAAUUGGAAUAUAUGUUCCAAGUGAACUGUACUAUCAGUACUUCCUCUCACCGUUAUCACAUUCUGCCCACUUGCUGCAGAAUAUGCUGGAUAUCAGAAAAACAGAAAAAGCUGGAAAGAGAUUGGAUGACAGCUUGUGUAGCAUGUCUUCAGUCAUGA